CAACUCUGACAGUUUGUGGCUUCAUUUUGUAGGGUGAGGUGUAAGUUGUGUUUUUUGGAUUAUUUUGAUAUCGUUAUCAAUUUUACAAUGCUGAAAUAGUGUUACUAUCUUAAAAGUGCUCAAAUAUGUGUCGUUGUAGUGUUUCAUUCAAUUUUAGGUUGUAUGAAGUGUAGUGUCCAACAUGUUUCGAUGUAUACCUUUGUUCAAAUGUAAUCGCCAAGUGGAAUGUGUAGACAAGCGGCAUUGCUCGUUGCCAACAAUACCCGAAGACAUUUUACGAUAUUCCAGGAGUUUAGAGGAGCUCUUUUUGGAUGCAAACCAUAUACGAGAUUUGCCGAAGAAUUUCUUCAGGCUCCAUAGACUAAGAAGAUUAGGCCUCAGUGAUAAUGAAAUCCAUAAACUUCCAGCAGAUAUACAGAAUUUUGAAAAUCUAGUCGAGCUAGAUGUAUCUCGAAAUGACAUUCCCGAUAUCCCGGAGGAUAUCAAGAAGCUGCGGGCGCUGCAGAUCGCGGACUUCAGCAGCAAUCCCAUCCCGCGGCUGCCGGCCGGCUUCAGCCAGCUGCGAGCGCUCACGGUGCUCGGCCUCAAUGAUAUGUCGCUCACCAGCCUGCCCAGCGACUUUGGCAGUUUGAUCUCACUUCAAUCACUUGAGUUGAGAGAAAAUCUACUGAAGUCCCUGCCAGAAUCGCUGAAGAAUCUUACGAGGUUACAAAGGCUUGAUCUUGGUGACAAUGACAUUGAGGAACUGCCGGGUUUCAUCGGAGAGUUGCCCGCACUGGAAGAGUUAUGGUUGGACCACAAUAAACUACAGUAUUUGCCGCCAGAAAUCGGCAACUUAAAGGCACUAAUAUGUCUAGAUGUAAGUGAAAACAAACUAGAGAAAAUUCCUGAAGAAAUCGGAGGACUGUCUUCCUUAACCGACUUACAUCUCUCCCAAAACAUGCUGGAAACUGUACCUGAUGGUAUCGGAGAUUUAUCCAAGUUAGCUAUACUAAAGUUGGACCAAAAUAGAUUACAUACAUUAAACGAAAAUGUAGGAAGGUGUACAAAUCUACAAGAGCUUAUAUUAACGGAGAAUUUUUUAAUGGAGCUGCCUAAGUCGAUAGGGAAUCUCAAUGAGUUGACUGUACUGAAUGUAGAUAGGAAUACCUUGGCUGAAAUACCGUUAGAGAUCGGAAAUAUGACUUUGCUCGGUGUGUUGUGCUUAAGAGAUAACAAACUUACGAGAUUACCGAACGAGCUGGGAAAUUGUAAAUCGCUGCAUGUAUUGGAUGUUAGCGGGAAUAGGUUACAGUACUUACCGUAUACAUUAGUGAAUUUGGAACUCAAAGCCGUGUGGUUAUCGGAGAACCAGGCGCAACCGCUCCUGACCUUCCAAACGGACAGGGAUGAGACAACGGGAGAAAAUGUCCUUACUUGCUUCUUGCUACCUCAGCUUAGUUAUACACAGCAACCAGAGCUGGAACACACGUCUGAGGUCGGCAGUGGACACUGGUACAGGGAACACAGAUUUAAUUCACAAUCGCAAGAGCUAGAUAGAAGAGAAUCGAGCAUAUCUCGCGACCGGGACUCGGACGACGAAAACUGGGAACAAAAGGAGAACUCUCGCACGCACUCCGUCAAGUUCACAGAAGAUAUGCCUGAAGUCAAAGAGACGCCGUUUGUACGACAAAACACACCUCACCCGAAGGAUUUGAAGGCCAAGGCACAGAAACUUCUGGCGGGAAGGUCGCCCGAAGCUGCGGCUUUGCAAGCAGCCAAACAGGAGCCUCCGACGACCAAUGGCAUAUCCAUGUCGCCACCAGAACACGUGCCAGUGGAAACUAUUGAAACGGUACACACACAACAGCCCGUUCCCGAAAUGACGAAAGAAGAAGACAGCGACACCCAGACGGCGGCAGAUCGAGAAUCGUCUGAAGGUGAAAACGAUGAGAAUGACGAUUCUGACGAACUCGAGCGUCCCCGGCGGGUCGCGUGGCGGGCGACUGUCGAAGAAAAAGGCGCGCCGGUACAGGCGGGCCGCUUGCAUCGUCGCGACACGCCCCACCACCUCAAGAACAAACGCGUCAAUCAGAUCGACGCAAGGCGUGCGCGAGACCUUAUUGCGCAGGCAAUUAAGAAACGAGAACAACAAGAAGAACCAAAGACUGAUGAUGAAGAAGCCGCUGAAGACGUCCAGGAUGGUGAAUCUGUAUCCGAACGAGCGGAAAGCGAAGCCCGGGUUGUGAGCGACCAGCGAUGCAUCGAAGUUCGCAUAGCACGGACAGCUGGUGGCCUCGGCCUGAGCAUAGCCGGGGGACGAGGUUCUACCCCUUACGUCGGCGACGAUGACGGCAUAUUCAUAUCUAGAGUCACACAAAAUGGACCCGCUUAUAACGCUGGACUUAGGGUUGGCGACAAGGUGCUCUCAGUGAACGGUACGUCCGUCGUAGAAGUGGAUCAUUACUAUGCAGUCGAAGUACUUAAAGCAAGCGGGCCCACGCUCACACUUGUCGUGACCAGAGAUUCGCCCAAUUCAACCAGAACUCACAGCCGAGCACCGAGCGGGGCGAGCCAUCAUUCCAUAUCAAGCACUACCGACACAGUAUCCACACUAGAAAAUGGACAGGUUCCUACAGGUCGCGGUAUACCGAACAAGCCUCUUAUCAUCAGCAACCAGUACGCCCAAGAGUUUGAACCGGAAUACAAGGAGCAGGUUAACCAGCCAGUACCAACGGUUGUUACUAACGUAACCAGCUACAGUCCGUCCCCUACGGGUCAAGUUACUUCGGAUAGCUACCAGCGACUGCAAGCGUCGCCGCCACCUCCCUCUACUGAGCCAUACAUACCACCCGUGUACCAACAAAAGGUGCUAGUCCACACGACGCUGAUCCGCGACGGCGCCGGGCUCGGGUUCAGCAUAGCGGGCGGGAAGGGUUCGCCUCCGUACCGGGACGACAGCGACGCCAUAUACAUCUCGCGCAUCUCCCCGCAAGGCGCCGCCGCGAAGGACGGCAAGAUGAUGGUCGGCGAUAAAGUUGUCUCUAUAAACGGCGUAGAUAUGGAGAGCGCUCCUCACGAAGCAGCCGUUUCCCUCCUCACCGGGCACGAGAGAUUUGUAAGGCUCGUUCUACAGCGGACGAUCACUACAGAACAUGGCGAGUUGAUGCCGCGGAAGUCGACAUCAGACGAAGUGAGAGAACACAAGACCAGCCUGCCGAAUGUGAACGUCACUCCGACACCGAAACCUAUACAACCUUCCACGAAUCACAUAAGCACACCCGUGGGCAACACCCACACACAGACAGCACCGCGCGUGUCCGCACAGGUCGCACCCACACUCACACAGACACAGCCGCCGCCGGUGCAAAAACAGGCCACAUUCGCAACCACCACCGCCGUCCCACCGCAACCUGCACCGCGAAAACUUAGUCACCCCAACGGACAGGCCAAACCGACAACUAACAGUACGAGCACGCCUCUAACUCCCGGCGCCAAUAACGUUCACGGAUCUAGCGACGAUGUCUUCGACGAUAUACAGCCGUCGCGGCCGAUAACCAACGAGGAGUUCCAAGCGAUGAUCCCGGCGCAUUUCCUGGGAGGGGCGAAGGCGCAAGUGGCCCACGCGCCGCCCGAGCGCGGCGUGCGCGUGACUGUGGAGCGAGCGCCCGCCGUCAUACUGCCGCCGCCGCCCGCCACGCUCGGCCGCGUCACCGAGACCAUCACCAAGUCCACCUUCACCGAGACCACCGUCACCCGCAUCACCGACAACCAACUCGUCGCGCCGCUGAUCAUCGAAGACGUCAUCUUAGUGAAAGAAGGAGGGUCUCUCGGAUUUAGUAUUAUCGGUGGCACUGACCACUCUUGCGUGCCAUUCGGUGGAAAGGAACCGGGAAUAUUCAUUUCUCAUGUGGUACCGGGAGGCGUGGCAGCCCGAUCAGGCAAGUUACGCAUGGGUGACCGUCUCCUCAAAGUGAACGGCGUGGAACUCACAGGAGCAACCCAUCGCGACGCCGUCCAACUGUUGCUGCAACCCGGCGCCACCCUCACGCUCACCGUGAGACAUGACCCGCUCCCGAAUGGAUUCCAGGAUCUAACUAUAAUCAAGCAAGAAGGUGAGAAGCUAGGAAUGCACAUAAAGGGUGGUUUGAACGGUCAACGUGGCAACCCUAACGAUCCUAACGACGAAGGAGUCUUCAUAUCGAAGAUAAAUAGUGGUGGAGCCGCUAGGAGAGACGGCAGACUGAAGGUUGGCAUGCGUCUAUUAGAAGUGAACGGUGUGUCACUCCUAGGCGCAACGCACAAUGAAGCAGUGAACGCAUUACGUUCAGCCACGAACGCACCACUACAUCUCGUCGUAUGCUACGGUUAUACUAGGCCGGAGAAGAUCCCUACUGGUAGCGAGAGCGGGACGGCGGAAACAGGCGGUUCUCUGUCUCACUCAACGUCAAGCCUGGAUAGAGACGAACCGUUGCAACAACAACAACAGGAGCAACAGUUCCAACAGGACCUUGUUGAGUUUGAACACGAGAAACAAGUCGCGGAAGUCAGGGAAAAGUCGACACCGGAAAAGGUUCUAGAUAUCGUUCACGCCGUAGAGAGCAUGGCUCUCGAACCCGCGCCGCCGAUAUCUCCCGAACUGCAACACAAGACGACCACCGUCGUUAUGUCCAAACACACACUCCAACCUCAGUCGUCUAGUUCGCAAGCGGCGCCCCUCUCGCCGCUCGCGGUGUUGACGCAGCAGAAAGCGCGGACGCCGCCCCCCUCCGCACCGACCCCCCCGCCCACGCCCGCCGAGCCGCCGCGCCUGCUGCGGCCCGCCGGCCCGCCACCCGCGCCUCCCAAACACAAACCUCAAGUGCCGAGCAAACCGCAAACGAAGCGAGUUAGUUUCACGCAAGACUCGAUGGACGAACCCGAACGAUACCCCUAUUCGACGAACGAUACGAAUACGAUCUAUCAACCCUCAUUGCAUGACGUGCAUGAUGACGAACAAACGGGGCCCAUGAUCACUGACACUAACGAUGCAUGCGAGGGAUUUAGCUCUUUACUAAUCCGAAAUCAAACGUCAACCGAAUUAGAAGUCUCGAGACCGGUCCCUAAGGCGAGUCGAGUACUUCACGCCGACCUCAUCAUCCCUCCUCCGCCUUUGUUUGACACUUACGUAAGUGAUAGUGAAUUAAUUGACAAUGAAGAUUAUGAAGGAAGUUUACCACCUAUCACCGUUAUUCCUGAGCGGAUAGUGUUGCCUGAGCCUGCGGUGGCUGAAACAUCCAUGCAGUCCUCAAAUUCUACGAAUUCUCCUGAAACCGAAGUCCCCCCUCCACUUGUAAAUUACGACGCAUAUCCACAUCUUGUCCCGGGGCCGGUCAUCUCUGAAACACCAUUUCGGUCAGUUAUAGUAUCAGAAGUGCCUUCAAGCCAAGUCUUCCGUACGCCAGAUAUUCCUAUUGUUAACGAUGAAUAUUAUAACGAAAUUUCCGUUAGCCCAAUUGGCGAACCCGACCCCCCUGCGUUGUUACACGCACAAUAUAAGACGUUGCCUACUGUGUCCCACGUGCCUAACUCUCCCUGUAGUUUACAUCCAGAUCAAACUUAUAUUGAUCAGAGAACCAUGUAUGUACCUGUGCACCAUUCAUUACGUGACUUAAGGACAGAUGACAGUGCUCCGGGUAUGGUUCAUUCUAACACAUACCCGCCCAUCAACCCUUACCCCUCUCUAACAACUGUAGCUGGAACCUACAAUCCAUACACUUGCACAGUCCCCGUAUGUUCUUCCAAUCAAAUUGGUCAUAUAAAUUACAAAUCACAGACCGCUGUAGUCAGCAAUUUAGGGCAAGAUAUAAAUGCAAACAUCACUUCAUCUGUUCCCAUUAAUAACAACGAUGCGCCUAAAAGUGUUCAAUCAGAGAGAAGAGUUCGUUUCGGUGAGGUGACAACAGUGUCCGAAACCGAUAGAAUGUCGAACAGUUCGGAUCCCUUGAGGGAAGGGAGCCCUUCGCCCGCAUCUGCCUUGAAACCCGCAUGGAGCAGCAAAAUCAAAGCCUUCGCCAUCGGCGAGGUAAACAUCAAUGCUUCCCCACCUCAUUCUGGUAAUUUUGUGAAGGCGUCUGUCAGCGAUAAGAAGAAGUUCUUCGAAAAUGCUAUGGAAGAAAGUCACAAACCAUCGCCCAAGCCAGAAAAAGUUUUCACAUUCCUAUCAGCGGAUGAAGUGGAGAAAUUGAAGCAAGAAGAGGAAAGGAAGAUGGCAUCUCUGUCGCGAUCGGAGCUCGGCUCGUGGUCCCCAGGAGAGGACCGGCAGAGUGGAUAUAGCUCGCAUUCCGACGAUGAACCUUAUGAGAAUGGCCAUAGUGUGUCUGGCGGCGUGAGUCCGUCGGCGAAGUCUCGGCGGCGGCGCGCGACGCGUGACGGCGAGGUGGAGGACGCCGCCAGCCGCGCCGCGCGCCGCGCCGCCUGGCGGGCCGCGAGGCUGCGCUCGCUUGAACAGGAGGCGCUCGAAUCGCAGAAAGUGAUCAAAAGCAUGGUGGGGCCAGCAAGUGAUAUCUUAGAAGAUCCUCCGAGGGAGAAUGCUUCGAAUGAGAAAUGGCCCCUACCACGUAUCGCGUUACGUACAAAACCGGGCCCUAUACUGGCCGUCAAGGAGAAGGAAAAAUUGUUAGACGAGCGCAUUACUCUCCGCACCGAAGAGUUCGUGUGCCCGGCUACUGGCGAGACUAAAGUGCGAACCGUCGAGUACAUUGAGAAAGUCAUUGAAAAAGAGGUGGAAACGACGCAAGAAAAAAUUAUAUCUCUGGAAUUAACUACAAGCCCGAGUAGCGAAACUGCGCCUACCGAUCUUGAGGAGGCCGGUAUGAGCUUAGGGGAGGGAGAGGCAGAAGGCGGGGACAGCUCGCUGCAGCCCGACAUCGUGCAAGUGGUGAACCCUCUGCUGGACGGCGGCGCCGGCCGUGUCACCGCCAUCCCCGUGGGGCCCGCGCACCGCGUCACCGCCUACACCGACCAUCCUCAGUAAACCGCGCACCAUAUACACUAGAUCUCUAUCCUACAAGUGCCGGAUAAAUAUAGCAACACUAGCAAAUCUUUCGCCUGGAGCCCAAAGGCGCUUGCUUAAUCCGGUACGGAUCCCAAUAUGCCUCAAUCUCCGCCCACACCCUCACCGAGGACCCAUGACAACACAUCGGCUAUAACCACACUUGUAAUAGACACGACUCGACUCCCGUCGAGAUUCGAACUCGAUUGUAGAUUUCUUCAACGAAACGAACGUUCGUGAAACGAGUUUCCAUCUUAAUUUUGUAUUGUAACUGUGAUAAUAAAUUUAGAUUCCACCGACUUGUUAUGUUACUUAAUGGCGCUUGAAGAAAUCCACUAGCGAGAUGCGUUUUGUGGCAUUUUAUUUGGAUCACAAUUUUUAUUUUUUUAUUUUAGUUUUGCGACGGAGAUUUUAGAUUAAUGAUAGGUGUUACUAUAUAUUUUUGGAAAUAUUAUUAGUUUUUAUUCUUUGAGUACUUUACGUAUUUAAUUUUAAAUAAUUUUCAUUCCGUGCAAGUCUUAUUAAAUUGACUGAAUGUUGACGCUGUAGCUGCUGAGGAAUGUGACUGGUUGACCAACCAGAAUGUGUAUGUAGGCCGAGUGUAAGAUGAUAUUAGAGUUGUACAUACCAUCAACAACACGCAAUGGAAUGCGAAGCAAGUGUACGAAGUGGCAUCACAUUGACGAUAUAACAUAAUUAUAUCAAUAUAUACUUGCAUUAUUAUACAAUUACUUAUUUGCGCAUUGUUGUUUCAUUCAGUAUUUUGUGUUUGAUGAUGUAUUAAUAUUUUAAUUUAAUGUAAUAUUAAUUUAAUUUUAUGUGGUGCCUUGAUUUCUUGAAAUCAAUUUUUAUAUAAUUAUACGAUUUUAUCAUUCAGUUUUCAUACUAUUAUUAUAAUUUUAUUAUUCUUGUAAUUUUGUUUCGUGAAAAAUAAUUUACAUUAGGUUAUAAAUUAUGAAGAUUGUAAUACAGAAAGUGAUGAAUUACGCAUUUGCAGUUGUCAGUAUGACCGAAGUGGUUAUGAUUAAGAUGUGCUGUAAAUGUUUCGACGUAUUUCAGAUUAAACAGAAACUGUACAUUUCCAACUGUAUGAAAUGUAUUAUUUGAGAUAGAUAAUUAUAUUUGAAUAAAAUAUGUAUUGCGGUAAAUAAAUUGGAGUGUUGAAUGGAAGAAUGUGUGUCCUUUAUACCUUUCUAGUGAUAUGUGCAUUGUAAACUAUUGAAAACAUUGUAUGUUUGUCCCAAUUAAAUGUUUUAAUAUAUAUUUUAAUAAAAUUA